GACGGGAUGGCUAGCUCAGCCCGGGAGCAUCUGCUUUUUGUGCGGCGUCGAAAUCCCCAGAUGCGGUACACACUGAGCCCAGAGAACCUCCAGAGCCUGGCUGCCCAGAGCUCCAUGCCAGAGAACAUGACCCUGCAGCGAGCCAACAGCGACACGGACCUGGUGACGUCGGAGAGCCGCUCCAGCUUAACUGCCAGCAUGUACGAGUACACGCUGGGGCAAGCCCAGAACCUCAUUAUCUUCUGGGAUAUUAAAGAGGAGGUGGAUCCCAGUGACUGGAUUGGACUUUACCACAUAGAUGAGAAUUCUCCAGCCAACUUCUGGGAUUCUAAAAACAGGGGUGUGACCGGAACACAAAAAGGGCAAAUUGUAUGGAGAAUUGAGCCUGGGCCCUAUUUCAUGGAACCGGAGAUAAAAAUCUGUUUUAAAUACUACCACGGCAUUAGUGGAGCCCUGCGAGCCACGACCCCCUGCAUCACCGUGAAGAACCCAGCUGUGAUGAUGGGGGCAGAAGGCACAGAAGGAGGUGCUUCGGGGAAUCUGCAUUCUCGGAAACUUGUUAGCUUUACAUUGUCAGAUCUUAGGGCAGUUGGGCUAAAGAAAGGGAUGUUCUUCAAUCCUGACCCUUAUCUCAAGAUGUCCAUUCAGCCAGGGAAGAAGAGCAGUUUUCCCACCUGUGCCCACCAUGGGCAGGAGAGAAGGUCUACUAUCAUCAGUAACACCACUAAUCCCAUUUGGCACCGAGAGAAAUAUUCCUUUUUUGCACUUCUUACUGAUGUCUUAGAAAUUGAAAUUAAAGACAAAUUUGCCAAGAGCCGUCCUAUCAUCAAGCGUUUUCUGGGGAAACUAACCAUUCCGGUCCAGAGGCUGCUGGAGCGACAAGCCAUCGGUGAUCAAAUGCUCAGCUACAACCUUGGCAGAAGGCUCCCAGCUGACCACGUGAGUGGGUACCUCCAGUUUAAGGUGGAGGUUACGUCUUCUGUUCACGAAGAUGCUUCUCCAGAAGCUGUUGGCACCAUACUUGGAGUCAGUACUGUGAACGGGGACCUAGGAAGCCCUUCUGAUGACGAGGACAUGCCAGGCAGCCAUCACGACAGCCCGGUUUGUGCUAAUGGGCCAGUUUCUGAGGAAAGUACUGCUGACGGGACCCCCAAGCAUUCAUUGAGGACUAGCUCCACUCUGGAAAUAGACACAGAGGAAUUAAAUUCUACUUCUUCAAGGACGUCACCUCCCAGAGGACGUCAGGAUUCACUCAAUGAUUACUUAGAUGCUAUUGAACACAACGGCCAUUCCAGGCCGGGGGCAGCGACCUGCUCUGAGAGGCCCAUGGGAGCCUCUCCCAAACUAAGGAGUAGUUUUCCCACAGACACGAGACUCAAUGCAAUGCUUCACAUCGACUCAGAUGAAGAAGACCACGAGUUCCAGCAAGACCUGGGUUACCCGUCUUCCUUGGAGGAGGAAGGAGGGCUGAUCAUGUUUAGCAGGGCAUCCAGAGCUGACGACGGGAGCCUGACAUCUCAGACAAAGCCAGAGGACAGCCCCAUGGAGAAUGAGGACGCCUCCACACAUGAAGCCGCUCCCCUGGAGGAUAAGCCAGAAAAUCUUCCAGAGCUCACAGACAGCUCCUUACCCUCAGGCCCAGCCGCAGAUGAAGGUGAAGGUGGCCCUGAGUCUCAACCCAGUGGGGACCAGGGCAGCACCGAAUUGUGUGGCUCUCAGGAGGUGGAUCAGCCCACAAGUGGGGCAGACACGGGGACUUCCGACACGUCAGGAGGAAGCCGCAGAGCCAUCAGUGAGACUGAGUCCCUGGACCAGGGGUCGGAGCCUUCCCAGGUGUCCUCUGAGACAGAGCCCAGUGACCCUGCCAGGACAGAGAGUGUGAGCGAAGCCAGCACCAGGCCCGAGGGAGAGAGCGACCUGGAGGGCGCCGACAGCUCCUGCAACGAGAGCGUGACCACGCAGCUGUCCUCCGUGGAGACGCGGUGCUCGUCUCUCGAGAGCGCACGGUUUCCCGAAACCCCGGCCUUUUCUUCGCAGGAGGAGGAAGAUGCGGCCUGUGCAGCAGAGCCCGGCGGCGGCAGCCCUGCCGAAGGCUCCCAGGAUUCCAUAUGCACCCCGAGUUCUUUACCCGUGGUGCAGGUGCCCAGUGGGGAGGAGGAAGGGCCCGGGGUGGAACCGGCCACUUUGCCCGGCCGGGAGGAGCUGGGGGAGGUCUGGCAGCGGAGAGGGAGCCUGGAGGGAGCCGCCGCCGCCGCUGGGAGCCAGCGCCAGGAAGAGGGCGAUGCGGAUGCCGGGGGCGCCCGAGGCGCCUGCGAAGGGGCCACUGCCCAGGAGGAGGGCGCCACUGGAGGUUCUCAAGCCAACGGCCACCAGCCAUUGCGGUCACUACCUUCAGUGCGCCAAGAUGUUAGCCGGUACCAGAGGGUGGACGAGGCUCUCCCGCCAAACUGGGAGGCGCGCAUUGACAGCCACGGCAGAAUCUUCUACGUGGAUCAUGUGAACAGAACCACGACAUGGCAGCGACCCACAGCUCCCCCGGCCCCACAGGUGCUGCAGAGAUCUAACUCCAUACAGCAGAUGGAGCAGCUGAACCGGCGAUAUCAGAGUAUCCGCAGAACCAUGACCAAUGAGAGGCCUGAGGAAAAUACCAAUGCUCUUGAUGGGGCAGGGGAGGAAGCCGACUUCCACCAAGCCAGUGCAGAUUUCCGACGGGAGAACGUCCUGCCUCACUCUACCUCCAGAUCCAGGCUCACGUUGCUGUUACAGUCUCCCCCCGUGAAGUUCCUCAUCAGCCCAGAGUUCUUCACCGUGCUGCAUUCUAACCCUAGUGCCUACCGCAUGUUUACAAACAACACGUGUUUGAAGCACAUGAUCACCAAAGUCCGGCGGGACACCCACCACUUUGAACGCUACCAGCAUAACCGGGACCUUGUGGGAUUCCUCAACAUGUUCGCGAACAAACAGCUCGAGCUGCCGAGGGGCUGGGAAAUGAAACACGAUCAUCAGGGCAAGGCGUUCUUUGUCGACCACAACUCCCGCACCACCACCUUCAUCGACCCCCGGCUGCCCCUCCAGAGCAGCAGACCCACCAGCGCGCUGGUUCAUCGGCAGCACCUGACGAGGCAACGCAGCCACAGCGCGGGUGAGGUAGGAGAGGAUUCUCGACAUGCAGGGCCACCAGUUCUUCCCAGGCCGUCCAGCACGUUCAAUACAGUCAGUAGGCCACAGUACCAGGACAUGGUUCCAGUGGCUUACAAUGACAAGAUUGUUGCAUUUCUGCGUCAACCCAAUAUCUUUGAAAUUCUACAGGAGCGUCAACCUGAUCUUACCAGGAAUCACUCACUCAGGGAGAAGAUCCAAUUUAUCCGAACCGAAGGGACCCCAGGAUUGGUGCGCCUUUCAAGUGAUGCAGACCUUGUUAUGUUGCUCAGUUUAUUUGAAGAAGAGAUAAUGUCAUAUGUGCCUCCACAUGCCUUACUCCACCCCAGCUACUGUCAGUCCCCACGUGGCUCCCCCGUGUCGUCUCCUCAGAACUCGCCAGGUACUCAGCGUGCCAAUGCCAGGGCUCCAGCCCCUUACAAGCGAGAUUUUGAAGCCAAACUAAGGAACUUUUACAGGAAGUUAGAGACUAAAGGAUAUGGACAAGGCCCAGGGAAAUUAAAGUUAAUAAUCCGAAGAGAUCACUUACUAGAAGAUGCUUUUAAUCAGAUUAUGGGCUACUCCAGAAAAGAUCUGCAGAGAAACAAGCUAUAUGUCACCUUUGUUGGGGAGGAAGGGCUGGAUUACAGUGGACCUUCCAGAGAGUUUUUCUUCCUGGUAUCCAGAGAACUCUUUAACCCAUAUUAUGGCUUAUUUGAAUAUUCAGCCAAUGACACAUACACAGUACAAAUAAGUCCUAUGUCUGCUUUUGUAGACAAUCACCAUGAAUGGUUCCGGUUCAGUGGUAGGAUCCUUGGUCUUGCACUAAUACACCAGUAUUUGUUGGAUGCUUUCUUCACACGGCCCUUUUAUAAGGCUCUUCUCAGAAUGGCGAUCACCGAACGAGAAUUAAAGCCAGGGGGUGCCAAUAUCCCGGUCACAGAGAAGAACAAGAAGGAGUACAUUGAGAGGAUGGUGAAGUGGAGGAUUGAGAGGGGUGUCGUACAGCAAACAGAGAGCUUAGUGCGCGGCUUCUAUGAGGUGGUGGAUGCCAGGCUGGUAUCUGUUUUUGAUGCAAGAGAACUAGAACUGGUCAUUGCAGGCACAGCUGAAAUAGACCUAAGUGAUUGGAGAAACAACACAGAAUAUAGAGGAGGAUACCAUGACAAUCAUAUUGUAAUUCGGUGGUUCUGGGCUGCAGUGGAAAGAUUCAACAAUGAACAACGACUAAGGUUGUUACAGUUUGUUACAGGCACAUCCAGCAUUCCCUACGAAGGAUUUGCUUCUCUCCGAGGGAGUAACGGCCCAAGAAGAUUCUGUGUGGAGAAAUGGGGGAAAAUCACUGCUCUUCCCAGAGCUCAUACUUGUUUUAACCGUCUGGAUCUGCCCCCGUACCCAUCCUUUUCCAUGCUUUAUGAAAAACUCUUGACAGCAGUUGAAGAGACCAGUACGUUCGGACUUGAAUGAACUGGAAGCACAAUGCCCAGCUCUUUGUGGACAGGCAAUUUCAGACGCUGCCUUCUAGAAGAAUGACUGAACACUGGAAGUUUCAAGAGUUUGCUUCCUUUAGGGUAACGCUGAGUGCUCUUAUUUUCCAGGAACACGUGCUCUGUCACAUUUGGGGACUGGUCAUGAGUCCUCUUAGAAGGAUUGGGUGAGCUUGAUGCCCAGGGAACAACCCAAUAGUCUUUCAAUCAACAGUUCUUGACUGCCAAACUUUUUCUAUUUGUUACGUUCCAAGACAGAGAUGAACCUGUAUAUGAUCAGCUCCAUGGUAAUUUCUAUGGACUCAGGAGAAUCUUGAAACUUACUCUUGAAUGUGGUUCAAGCCAAACUGGCAGCACUUGGCCCAAUCUCCAAAUUAGUGCAAGUUAAAUAAUAUAAUAAAAACAAAUAUAUUUCCUGAAAGUAUAUUCAUUUAAGCCCUAAGUUAUAACAGAAUAUUCAUUUCUUGCUUAUGAGUGCCUGCAUGGUGUGCACCAUAGGUUUCAGCUUUCAUGGGACAUGAGUGAAAAUGAAACCAAGUAAAUAUGAGGUUACUUUAAAGAUUUGCAAUAAGGUGGUCUGUGACAAUGUAUAUGCCAGUGGUAUGUGUAUAAUUAUGGCUGAAGACAAACUGUUAUUCAAUGAAUUACUAAUGACAGAUUUUAUGCUUUAUAAUGCAUGAAAACAAUUUUAAAAUAACUAGCAAUUAAUCACAGCAUAUCAGGAAAAAGUACACAGUGAGUUUUGUUUAUUUUUUAUAGGUUCAUUAUAUUUAUGUUCUUUAAGAUGUAUAUAAGAACCUACCUAUCAUACUGUAUGUAUCACCAGUUCCAUUGUCGUGUUCCAUGCUUACUCGGGCAUCAUGCUAAUAUGCAUCCAUUUAAGCACUCUCAAGGGAACAAAAGGGCCUUUUAUUUUUAUAAAGGUUAAAAAAAAUCCCCAAAAUAUUUUGCACUGAAUGUACCAAAGUUGAAGGGACAUUACAAUAUGACUAACAGCAACUCCAUCACUUGACAAGUAUAAUAGAAAAUAGCUUCUAAAUCAGACUUCCUUCACAGUGCCGUGUCUACCACUACAAGGACUGUGCAUCUGAGUAAUAAUUUUUUAAGACUCACUAUAUGUGAUAGUAUGAUAUGCAUUUAUUUAAAAUGCAUUAGACUCUCUUCCAUCCAUCAAAUACUUUAUAGGAUGGCAUUUAAUACAGAUAUUUCGUAUAUCCCCGACUGCUUUUUAUUUGUACAGCAUCAUUAAACACUAAGCUCAGUUCAGGAGCCAUCAGCAACACUGAAAAGAUCAGCUCUCUUUAGUAAUAAGAAUUCCAUUUUCCCUCAUCAAUGAAGACAUCACAAAUUGAAACUCUCAGUACUAUAUUUCUAAGCCUACAUUUUCACUGAUGCAUAAUUUUCUUAUUAAGAAACAGUUUUUCUAUGGUAACUCCAAAACUGCGUGACAUCAUUCAUCUUAUUUCUGCUUAAUUUUUAUGAGAGGGUGUCCUUCAUCUUAAUUGCUUUUGGGAUUACUCCACAUCAUUGUUUAUUUCUUGACUUAUGGCCAUAAAUAAUCAGACGUUCAAUAGAGUGAAGUUAAAUUGAGGAUGAUAAAAUUGUUGGAUUAACAUUUGGUUUGCCAGCCUGUGGGUUUACAGGCAUUCCCCAGAUAUUUAUUUGAGAUUUAUAUUUAUAAGCAGCCAUGGAAUUCCUAUUAUGGGAUGUUGGCAAUCUUGUAUUUUAUAGAGGUCAUAUGCAUAGUUUUCAUAGAUGUUUCAUGAGAACUGAUUGCUCUCCUGUUGGUUAAGCUGCGUUUACUAUUGGAAGCCUCAAGAGGAAUACCACUCAUAUUGCAUUCCUGCACUAAAGGCAGGUACUGCAAUGUGGGGAAAUGUUCUGAAAAAAGGUUAUAUUAGAAAAUAUAUAAUAGAAAUCUGGACACGAGAAAGGAAGAUUUAUCUGUAUAUUAUAAUUGGACCAGAAAAAAAGGGAAAAGGAAAAAAAAUUUAACUGGAAAUGUCAGUUUGUACUUAUCGAUCAUGAAUGCAAGUAUAUAUUUAAUUUUGCAAA